GGGCACUUCUACCCCCUUCCUGCCUACCGGGCACUUCUACCCCUUCCUGCCUACCGGGCACUUCUACCCCCUUCCUGCCUACAGGGCACUUCUACCCCCUUCCUGCCUACCGGACACUUCUACCCCCUUCCUGCCUACAGGACACUUCUACCCCCUUCCUGCCUACAGGACACUUCACCCCCUUCCUGCCUACAGGACACUUCUACCCCCUUCCUGCCUACAGGACACUUCUACCCCCUUCCUGCCUACAGGGCACUUCUACCCCCUUCCUGCCUACAGGGCACUUCUACCCCCUUCCUGCCUACAGGGCACUUCUACCCUCUCCCCUGCCUACCGGCA